AUGGCGUUCUCCUCGGAUCAGCUGCUGCAAGACCUGCAAAGUCUCGUGGGCGAGGAGCUCAAGGUUGUGACGUAUAAGUGGCUCGCGCGGCAGUACUCCAUACCAUCAAACUACGCCAAAAAAGUGUUGUUCAAGUUUGCGGAGGAUCAGGGGCAGAAUGUCAGGGCGCUCUACCUCGUGUCGGGCUGGGCCAAGGACGGCGGCGGCGGCGACGACGCCGUGCCGUGCCACGUCGUGCGCGUCGUGGAUUCACGGGACCUCGCAGCCUGCCGCGCCGAGAUGGAGCCCGUCACGUGCAUGCACGUGCACAGCGUGAUGCCCAACCAGCCCAUCGACCUGUCAUUUGUGGCAAACGAAGACUACCUCCAAGCCCAAAACAUGUACCAGGCGGUAAUCAGGGGCGCCGCCCCGCGCAGCGGCGGCGCGUCGGACCCCUUGUCGCGCAACACGUGCAGUGCCGUCAGGUAUGAGGCAGAGGUCAGGGCCGGGCCAGACGCUUCAAAGGUGGCCGCCGCGUCUGCGGCCGCGGCCGCUGCGGCCGCCGCCGGCGCCGGGAGCGGCAAGGGGAAGGGGAAGGAGAACGGCGGCGGCGGCGGCGGCGGUAGCGGCGCCGCGGCGGCGGCGCUGCCGGCUGCGGCGGCGAGGGCGCCGCACGCCGGCGCACCGGACGCAGCGGCGGCGGCGGGCGGGAAGCUGGGCGGGGGCGUUGGCGGGGUCGGAGAUUCCGGAAAGGCGGCGGCCGGCGGCAAGGGUGGCGCCGGGAAGGCGGCGGCGGCCAAAGGCAGCAUCUCCCAGAUGUGGGCUAAGAAAGCCUCAGGGGAGCCCGCAGCCAAGCCUAAGGAGGCAGCUGCCCCCAAGGCGGCGGCGGCGGCGGCGGCGGCGGCGGCGGCGGCGGCGGCGGCGGCGGCGGCGGCGGUCAAGCCUGCAGCUGCAGAGGCUGUCAAGGCAGCGGCUCUAGCCAAGGCAGCGGCGAGCAAGGCCGCGGCUCCGCCUGAGCCUACCACUGGCGGCGCCAGCGACAGCGACAGCGAUGCGGUGGCCGGCGGCCGCGCCGCCAAGCGGCCGCGCGGGCGGCGGGUGGCUGCGCUCGAGAGCGAUGAGGAGGGGGAGGAGGCGGUGCAGCCGGCCGCGGCGGCAGGGCGCAAGGGCGGCGCUGACAAGGACCUCCUUGCGGCACUGGACUCGCCGCCGCGGGCGCGGGGCCAGAAGCGCGCUGCUGCUGCGAAGGGCGCGAAAGCGGCGGCGGCGGCGUUUGCGUCUGAUGACGACGACGAGUUUGAGGCGCCGGCCCCUAUGGACAGGGGAGGGCAGGAGGAUGAGGAUGGCGAAAAAAUGGAGGUGGACGGGGCGGGGGCGGGCGCCAGCAGCCGGGGAGAUGGAGAGGAGGCGGCGGCGGCCGCGGCCAAGCCCGCGGCCAAGCGGCAGCGGCAGGCGCCCAAGGGCGGCGGCGGCGGGGCCGGCAAGCGGAAAGGCAAGGGCGCGGGCGCGGCCGGGGAGGAUGAGGAGGGGGAGGGCGGCGUCUUGGAGGCGCUUGGGGGCAGCGACGACGACGAUGGGUGGGACUCGGGCGGCGAAGGGGGCCGCGCAGCCGGCGACGCGCCCAAGGGCAAGGGCGGCGCGGCCAAGGGCGGCGCCGCCGCCAAGGGCAAGGCGGCGGCCGGCGCGGGCGCCAAGGGCGGCGGUGCCAAGCGGCAGAAGAAGGCGUCUGGCGCUUUCAGCGGGGGCGGCGGCGGAUACGAAGAGAUUGAUGGCGGCGCCUCGGACGGGGAGGGCGCCGGCGGCGGCGCGGCAGGGGCGCCCGCCAAGCCGGCUCUGGGCAAGGCGUUCCAAAAGAUGCAGCAGCUCGCCUCGGAGCGGCCGGCGCCCGCGCCGCGCGGCGCCGCGGGCGGCGGCGGCGGCGGCGGGCCGCGGUUCGACCCAGUGACUGGGGAGGAGGUGUAUGGAGAGGACGAGCCCGCGCCCGCGGCCGCUGCAUCAGCGCCGGCGCCGGCGCGGAAGCAGGAGGCGGGAGGCCCCGCGGGUGGCUCGCCGGCGGCAAAGCCGGUUGGUGGGAAGCCGGGCGGCGGCGGCGCGAACAGCAAGCCCGCCGCCGGCGGCGGCUCGGGCGGCGGUAAGGGCGCUAAAGGGAAGGGCACCGGCGGGGGCGGCGGCAAGGGCGGCGGCGGCAAGGGCCAAAGAAACAUCAUGUCUUUCUUUGGCAAGGGGUGA